GUUUAAUGGAUGUCAUCACAGAUGUCUAUAAAGCUUUCUUACCCGGAUCCUUGGACAUAUAAAUAGCAAGCUUAUAUCAAAGAGCAACUAUCAGCAAGAUUUGAAGCAAGUCCAGCAAAAUGAGGCAAGUGUCUGUGUUGUUUCUAGUCCUUGUGUGCCUAGAUUUGGAGUACAGAAUAACUUCAGCGCCUAUCUGUGCUCAUGGGGAUGCUGGGUGUCAUUUGCUAUCAGUCUCGGAUCUCUUUGAUAGAGUUAUCCAGCACUCAAACAGAAUGCACAGUCUUUCAAGUGAUCUCCACUCUGAGUUUGAGAAAUACUUUUUACCAGUCAGAAAUCAAAUAGGCAGAGCAACACGCAAAUGUCAUACUUCCAGGAUUCUAACUCCUAAUGGCAAAGAAAAUGCUCAGAGAACUGAUAGAGAAGAACUCACUCAAGUGAUUUUGAGGCUUUUGGUUUCUUGGAUGGACCCUCUUUUGCAGUUCCACCAGAGUGUAGCUCACAAUGAGGAAUUAUCCAACUUCAGCAGAAACAAAGCACUGGAACUGAGUGACAUGGUUCACGAGCUGAAGAACGGGGUGGAGAAAAUGGCAGAAAAAAUGCAGUUGCUGGGAAUAAUCAGCAAUUCCUUAAAUGGACUGUUUCCUGCUGAAGCAAGUUUAUCUUCGUCUGCCAGCAAUGAAGCAAGGCAUAUGAGAGACUAUGAAUUGCUUCGUUGCUUCCAGAGGGAUUCCGAUAAAGUCCAAAACUACUUGAAAAUUCUCAAGUGCAGAAUUGUUCCUGAGCAUGGAUGCUAGGAUUGUGAGUGAGACCACACUUGAAGUUAGGACCUGAUUUGCCGCUAGCGGUUUAAGGGUUAGUAGAUUUGGCCAUUUGUUUUAAGGUAUUUAAUGCGUCUGGUAAAUCAAGCUAAUAACACAGUAAAUAUGUCAUAUUGUUUAGCAACAAAUGUAGUAUGUUAUUGUAAGCUAGCAUUUUGCAAUUAAAAUAUAUAAAAAAGAAAUGUAUUUCAUUCAAAUCUGUUUGCAUUUGUUUAAAAGUACUCAACAAUAUUAAAGAUAC